AUGGCCUCUUCAAAGCGCAGUCCGUCCGUUAACUCAUAUACACUUGAAGAGGGGGCAAAGGAAGCUUCUUCGGAGAUGCUUGAGACAGUUCCGCAUCCUCCACGAAGUGCCAAGGCCAAGGAGGGUGCGUGGAGUUCGGCGAAGGAGAACCCCAAAGUUAUUAUGUACAGCGUGACUGCUUGUAUAAGCUCGAUGCUCUGGGGGUUCGAUAUUGGAGUCAACUCCAUUACUGUUGCAUUGCCAGGAUUCAAAAUGGUGUUCGGCUACGAAUACGGGGACCAGCUUUUGAUCUCAGCUACUUGGAAUGCCCUUUGGACGGCCAUGACCUCGCUUGGAAUGUUGAUAGGAAGUAUCGCAUCUGGCUGGAUUUCAGAUCGAGGCGGUCGGAGAGCUGGGUUUGCAAUAGGAUCUGCAAUAUCUAUACUCGGGGUCGGACUCGAAUAUGCUGCCAACGAGCCGGGUUUGCUCCUUGCUGGCAAGAUUAUAAACGGUUUGUCUCUAGGAUUUUUCCUAAGCUUAGGAGCCAUAUAUGCUUCUGAGAUUGCACCCACUGCCCUGCGUCCCUCCCUGACAGCCGCCGUCAACUUAUUCAUCAACGCUGGCCAACUCACUGCCAUUGGCAUUGGCAACACACGCUUUUCCAUAUUGUCACCAGCGUCAUAUAAAGUGAUCUUUGCCGCUCAGUGGGCAUUUCCAUGCUUCAUUGGCUUGUUCUCUUUCUUCAUGCCAGAGAGCCCUUGGUAUCUCUAUAUUCAAACAUCUAUUGCCGCCGAAGCAUCUCUUGCAAACAUUCAAAAGGAUACUUCGUACCGGGAUUGCUUCCGAGGUACAAAUUGGCGCAGAACGCGCAUUUCAUGUGGAAUGUUUGCUGUGCAGCAGUUCACCGGUAUCGCAUUUUAUUCCCAGGCAUUGUAUUUCCUGGGAAUUAUUGGUCUACCCACUGCGCUUACUUUUCAGCUGGCUCUGGGAGGAUUUGGCGUCGCCAUGCUUGGAAACAUUGGGUCGUGGUUUGUUAUGAACUACAUUGGUCGCCGCACACUCCUGUUGACUGGUAUAGUUCUAAAUGCUUUUUGCCUGAUGUCUGUUGGUAUAGCAGGAUGUUUCACCACCACGGCAGCAAUGUACUACAUUGGCUAUGUGAUGAACUUUGCUCAGCUGUUCUACUCCCCCACGGUGGGAGCCGUCAGUUGGACAAUCAGCGCUGAAGUAAGCUCUGUUAAAGCUCGAGCAAAGACGCAAAGCCUAGCAAUUGUGACAAAUGCAUUGGUUAGCUGGGCGAUGAAUUUUAUCGCACCAUAUCUCAUCAACACCGAUCAAGCCAACCUCGGAGGAAAAGCUGCAUUCGUAUGGAUGGCCCUCUCAUUUCUGAGUCUUCUUUGGGCUUGGCUUGAGGUUCCCGAGCUGAGAAAUCGAACUUUUGGCGAGCUUGAUGAUAUGUUCGCACAGAAGACCCCAACUAGGCACUUUGGGAAAGCGAUCAUCGAUCCCAGCCCAAGUUUUCCAGAAGCCUAA